CUAAGCAUGGAAAUACAGUAGAGGAUCAAAUUCAACACCUCACCCAGAAUAUGGCACAAAUGGAGAGAAGUGUACAUGCAAUGGAGCAAGCGGUGACACUUCUAAUAGAAAACCAUGGCCAAUUACGUUUGCCACCGAUUCAUGCACAUCGAGCUCGUGUACCACCAAGGAGGUAUUCUCCAUCACAAAUGUUCGGAAAUCAGUGGUGCACCCCUCGAUCACAGGAUCUUUUGUUCCCCUUGGAGCAAAGAGAAGUCCCACAUUGGAACUUCCGUCCUCACAGGUUGGCAAAUGUACCGCACAAUUGGACCCGAGGCUCUACGAGUGUAAAUACUCUCGAGUCAGCAAGCAGAGUCCAAGCCCAGCAUCACUUUAGGGGUGAUGAACCUACACAGGCUAGUUUGGAGGAUAAAAUAGUGAUAACUAAUUGUAAGGUGCAAUUAAGUCGCAUGCAAGACUCCCUUAAGGAGCGAAAUGAGACUUUACAAAAGGACAUGGAAACUUUGUGCCAACAGAUAGCAGAGUUGCACAUGACACAGCAACAAGUAACAGAUGCUCCACAAAUAGCCUCAAUAGUGGCGAAGGAAAGAGAACACCUCAAUUGGCCUGAAAAGCUUCGUAGUAAUGGUAACAAGCGUGAUAAGACUCAUCACUGUGCAUUUCAUGGGACCCAUGGUCAUGGUACAGAGGAUUGUAAGCAGCUUAGAAUGGAAAUUGAACAAUUAAUUCGUAGGGGAGCAUUGAGGCAAUUUAUCGAGCAUCUAGAAAGCCAGAGGGGAGCAAGGAGAAUGGAAAGGUUGCAAGACAAUAGGGAAGCUAGUAGACAUAAAGAGAAGGAACCUCUAGAUGUUGUGGGGGUGUUCCCACAUGAUCCACUAAUGAUUAAAAUAGUGGUGGAAGAUCGAAAUCUACGAAAAGGCAAGGUAAUGAAGUGUGUUUUGGUGGACACAAGGAGUUGCAGAGAUGUGAUGUGUUAUGGAGCAUUCAAAAAGCUAGGAGUAUCUCCACAAUUGAUGAGACCUUGUGAUUUUUCGUUGGUAGGCUUUUCUAGAAAGUCCGUCCUUGUAAUAUGUAUUAUCUCUCUCCCUAUUCAUGUUGGUGUUACCCCUUGUGUGGCUAUUGUUACCUUAUAUUUCUUUGUUAUUGAUGUCCCUUCCUUUUUUAAUGCAAUUUUGGGACGUCCUGGGCUUAACUCCUUACAAGCGGUGGUCUCCACACAAGCAAUGAUGAUAAAGUUCCCUACGCCAAAUGGAGUUGGAAUGGCAAGAGGGAAGCUUAUUGAAGUAGUGGAGCGAACACCACAAGCUCAAGACCAAGUGCAAACUUUAGAACCUAACCAAGUGACUAAGAAAAAGUAUAAGUCAAAACAUUGGGAUCUGGUGGCUUUUGGAGAUAUUGUCAAGGAAAAAACUCUGACAGUAGAUAGCCUAGAUAUGAGGGAGGAAUUGAAGGAAUGUCAAACUGAGCCAAUUGACCAAGUAAAACCUGUGGUUCUUGAUGAGAAGAGGCCUAAGCGUAUAGUCAACAUUGGUGUAAACAUGGAUCAAAGCUUUAUAGCACGAUUGAAAAAUUGCUUAAGAGAGCAUAAAGACAUUUUUGCAUGGUGUCCAGCAGAUAUGCCAAGUAUCGAUCCAAAGAUUACAUGCCAUAGGCUUGGAGUUAACUCGGAUGCUGUUCCUGUUAAACAGAAAGUGCGACACUUCGAGGCUAAAAAGACUGCAACUAUUGAAGAAGAGGUAGCAAAGCUUAAAGAGGCAGGAUUUAUUCAAGAGAUUACUUUUUCUAAAUGGUUAUCAAAUGUGGUGAUGGUGAAAAAGGCCAAUGGAAAGUGGCGAAUGUGUGUGGACUUUACAGACUUAAACAACGUAUGUCCCAAAGACAAUUAUCCUUUGCCAAAUAUUGAUGAACUAGUUGAUAAUUCCUUUGGUUAUGUGGUUUUGAGUUUAUGUGAUGCAUACUCUGGGCAUAACCAAAUUCCUAUAACAAAGGAGGAUAAGGAUAAAACUGCGUUCAUAACAGUAGGUGGUAUCUAUUGUUAUGUUGUCAUGCCCUUCUGUCUAAAAAAUGCAAGAGCCACCUGUCAAAGGGGGAUUGAAGUCAAUCCAAAGAAGAUUCAUGCAGUGUUGGGGAUGAAACCUCCAUCCUCAAUAAAGGAAGUUCAGAAGCUAAUGGGAAGGGUAGUUGCAUUGAGCAAGUUCAUAUCAAAAUUUACAGAAUGGACAAUUCUAGGUGAGAAAUUAUACCUGUAUAUUGCUAUGAGUAUCGAGGCAAUUAGUGUUGCAUUAGUUAGGGAAGAUGGAAACAAGCAAGAGCCUGUGCAUUAUGUCGGCAAAGUGUUGCAAGGGGCUGAGACAAGAUACAAGCCUUUGGAGAAGUUGGCCUAUGCUGCAGGUUUCAUAGCAGAGCUAAGUAAGGAGGAGAAGGCUGUAAUGCAGGCACCACCCAUAGAUGUACCAUCUAAGAGGAAAGCUCCAGAAUCGAAGAAACCAACAAAAAACCUACCUUCUAACCUUGUGUGGAACCUAUAUGUUGAUGGGUCUUCUAAUGCAGUAGGAAGUGGAGCAGGAAUAAUCUUAAUCUCUCCAGAGGGAGAAACUUUUGAAUGUGCAUUAAAAUUUAAUUCUGAGGCGUCGAACAGCCGUGCAAAGCACAAGGCACUUCUUGAGGGAUUGAGACUUGCUAAGGCAGCAAGAGUGGAGUACUUAAGGAUUUAUAGUGAUUCACAACUUAUAGUGAAUCAAGGAUAUGAGUUGAGCCAAGUAAGAAGGUCAGAGAACCUUAAAGCCAAUGCCAUGGCAAAGUUGGCAAGCAUAGGGCUAGGUGUGUCUAGAGUGGAAGUUUAUAUAGGGACACUUUCUUCACCUAGUAUGGAGAUGGAAAAUGCUUUGCCAACACAGGAGGAGCAAAGUUGGGUAGAUCCAAUUCUCACUUUCCUUAAAAGUGGAAUCUUACCAGAAGAUGAAAAAGAAGCUAAAGGAUUGCAUAAAGAAGCUGCUUGGUACACAAUUUUUGAUGGGCAACUUUAUCGUAGGUUUUACACACAUCUUUUAUUGAAGUGUUUAGGGCCUAUAGAAGCACAGAUACUGUUGGAAGAGCAUCAACCUGCUAACCCUUUGCACAUGAUAGUAGCCUCAUGGCCUUUUGGUCAAUGGGGGAUGAACAACCUUGGUCCUUUCCCCAAGGCUAAGGGAAGGAAAACGUUCCUUAUUGUGGCUAUAGACUACUUUACUAAGUGGAUUGAGGUAGGACCAGUAGCUCAAAUAAUAGAACAAAAGGAAGAAGAGUUCAUCAAAAAACACAUUAUGUGCCGGUUUAGGAUGCCGAGGGUUCUGGUUACAGAUAAUGGAACACAAUUUGCAAGUGAAGCCUUCAAAGAUUUCUGCCAAACAGAAAAGGUAGAGAGGAGGUUUUCGGUCAGAGCACAACUAGAGACAGAAGGUUUGAGUUUACAGCAAAUUAAGCAGAGGUUUGCUUCUGUAGCUUAUCUAGAGUCUAAUGGACAGGCAGAGAUAGCUGAUGAGCUGAAUUUAUAUACAUAUUAAUGUUGAAUUUUUGCCUUGACAUUAUUAAUAUUUGGAAGAAUUUUAUGAGAUUUUACAUGGGUUUCAUUUUUUGUGCAAAAAAGGACUUGGAUGCAUAAUAAUAGGAGUUUUUGGAAUUAAUUGAAUAUCUUCUGGAAGUUGAGAGACUGAACUGCAAGAAGAAAGGGACUUCUUUGGGACCUAAAUGAAUGAAUCUUAAGUUU